AUGAAAUUAAGUUGGUAUAAUAGUAUUAUUAUAUUUUAUUUCACGCUUUUUUUUAUGGUUUGUCUUUCUAACCACCAUAGUAAAAAUGUAGAAAAAAAUAAUAAAAAUCAAGAAACAAAUAUUAUAACAAUAGAAAUUCUUCCCCCAGAUGAUGAUCAAGAUAGUUUUGAAUUUAAUGACAAUUUAUUAGAUGAUAUGAUUAAUCUUAGUGAUAAAAAUAACAAAUAA